AUGUUAGGAUAUUCUAUGAAAAGCUACUUAUGCCACAAUUGCCACAAAUCUUCACUUUUAGAUACUUCAAAUUUAAUUUGUCCUCACUGUGGAAAUGAUUUUCUUGAAGAAGAAGCCACAGCUCGAGCAAUUCAACGUCAACGGGCAUCUCAUGAAAAUCAACAAACUUAUGAAUACGUAAGAUAUUACUGCUACACUUGCAAAGAGACAAGCCUUAUAAAUCCGCAUCAUAUGGUUUGCCCUAAAUGCCAGGGAACAAUAUUAGAAGAAGCCUCAAGUGUCAGGCCUAUCAAUAAGCCAGAAUUCCGAAUUCCAGAAGAGCCUCGAUUUGAGCAGCCACAUGAUGAUCCACAUGACCAUCGCUAUAGGCAGCACAACAGAAGGCAGCCUAAUCAUGGAAGCAAUCGUCGUGAUCGUCAAAGAGAAGAAUCUCCAUUCUCAGCCUUCUUCGACUCCCCAUUUUGGGAGAAUGGCGUCUUUCGAGAUUUCGAAAGAGACCCUUUUGAAGCUUUUGAACCAUUUUUCAAUGGAAACCAUUUUGGAAGACGACAAGAAAGAGUCCUUGGCCGACUAUUUGGAGAUCUUACUCCCCCCCUCCGUGAGUGAACAAAAAAAUUUUGUUCACUCACGGAGGGGGGUUAAUUUUUUUUUUUAAAAAAAUUUAUAUAUAAAUUUUAUAAAAUAUUAUUUUUUUCGAAAUUUAAAAAAAUCCUAAUUCGCAAAAAUUGGAAAGCAAAAAUUAAUUUAAUUUAUAAAAUUUAUGUUUUAAAAAGCAAUUCGUUUAAAAUUAAAGAAAAUCAGCUCUAGAUUUCAUUAUACUAAUUAUCAUUUAUAUAUCAAUUUUGUUUUCCAUAAAAAAUCUUUGUAUUAAAAAAAUUUUUGUUCACUCACGGAGGGUGGGUUUUGGGCAAAAAAUAGGGAUUUUUCUAAUGGUUUUGUUCACUCACGGAGGGGGGGGGAGUUAGCAUAAACCCUAUUGAAUAUCUAAAUCAACAAUUAGGAAGUUUUGAUGACAUUAUUAAUCAACUUUCCCGAAGGAAUGGCCAGCAGACUCAUCCAGCUUCAGAAGAGUCAAUAAAUCGCUUGAAAAAAAGAAUAGUGCAAAGAGGAGAAGAGAUCCAAAAAUGUUCAGUGUGUAUGGACGAUAUAGCUGAAGGCACCGAAGCUAAUGUCCUUAGCUGUAGCCACGCAUUUCAUCCUGAUUGCAUUCAGCCUUGGCUAAGAGUAAAAAACACAUGUCCUGUCUGCAGAAAAGAAGUGAGAUAA